AUGGCGGACCAGUCUGUCUUCCGAAUCACCAAGGAGUUAAGCGACCUCCAGAAGAAUUCGGACCUCUCUCUCGCCGUCGCGUGCCGUGACAUCGAUGUGCGAAAUGUCAAGGCCCUGAUCAUCGGCCCGCACGAGACCCCGUACGAGUUCGGUUUCUUUGAGGUAUUCGCCGCAAGUCACCGCGAUCACGACGAACGGGGGCCGCUGCAGAUUCAACCCCAACAUCUAUGCCAAUGGCAGAGUCUGCUUAGCCUGAUGUCUGCAAAUCCUUACGAGAACGAACCCGGCUUCGAGGAUGCGAACGAACCGUCCGACAAGAAGCAUCAGAAAGAAUAUGUUCAGAAGAUUCGUCAUGAGACGCUGAGAAUCUCCGUCAUCCAGCGGCUCGAGGAGUAUCUCAAGAUCGGACCGGAUGGUGCGGUCGUCGCUCCAACUGCCACCAAGGAUGAGUAUGAUCUCGAUAUGAACACCAUCGAGGACGAGUCAAGCGCUCCCUUUGAGCCGUUCAAGGACCUGUGCAAACGCCGGUUCCUGUGGUAUUACGACUCCUACCUCGCCGCGAUACAGAAAGGGAAGGAAGAGGUCAAGGACGGCCAAUCGUUCGCCCGAAUGCCGUUCGAAGGCUCCAGCAACACCAUGGAAGGCAAGUUCAACUACAGCGAGCUCGAGCGGCGCCUGCGCAAUAUCAAGAAGACCCUUGACGAAGAGACCGAGUCGUGGGCGGCCGAGGGACUCGAGGCAAAGGCUAAGGAAACAACCGUCGCGGUCAACCUUCAGCGUCAGUUCGAACAGAUCGUGGAGUCUUUCAAGCGUUCCGACGUGCCACACAACCUCGAGUUACUGGACGGCAAUCCAUUCGUCUGGAUCCUGACUUACUUCGGAAAGCCCAUGACCAACCUUGACGGGGGUCUGUUCCGAAUCAGGCUCUGCUUCAGCCCCAGAUUCCCUGAGGAGCAACCCCGCAUCAGAUUCGAGACGCGCAUGUUCCACCAUAGGAUUGCUGCGGACGGUACGCCAUGCUAUGUUGCUCCAGCGAAUCGCCGAGAGGAUGUCAAGACGCACAUCGAAGCGGUGAUCGAGGCCUUGGAGGAGGAACAUCCCCCCUACGAUCCCCGGACGCUGGUGCAUCCCGAGGCAUUCAAGCUGUACUGGGGUUCGCCCGAGGACCGGCGGAUGUACAACAGACGGCUGCGGCGGUCGGUCCAGCAGUCGAUGGAGUAG